AUGGUUUGCCCUACGUCAACUGCUAGCUUUAUUCCUUUCACAAUCCAAGACCUCUCCAUCACACAAUCAGCAAUCAUGCCUUCUAUUCGAACCACCCUCGCAGCAUUAGUUGCUACCUCUCUGGUAACUGCUGCUCCCACUGUUCAGCACCCUGUUCCUGGCUUGAGCGAUUACUACAGCAAUUUUCGUGGAAAGGGUGUUCCAUAUCCUGGCAAUUUGACCGCCCCGAUCCUCCCAACUACGAACGGCACUGCUGCCCCUGACGACCUCCUCUACCAGAACCUGCUUGCUGCAGAAUGGGCAAUCUUCAGCUUUUAUCAACAGGGUGUAGAGAUGUUCAACUCGUCCUCCUUCACUGCACUCGGGCUACCCAACACAACGUACGAUCGUAUCCAAGAGAUUCGUGACAACGAGGCUGGUCAUUUAGCAAUCUUCCAAAGCCAAAUCUCUAGCAAUUCCAUCAAGCCUGGGCCUUGUAAAUAUGCUUUUGGGGUGACGACUGCGGAGUCUUUCAUCGUCACUCUCACCCUUCUUGAAAUCGCAUCCAUGGCCUUCUUGACCGGUCUCGUUCAGCAAGCCAACACUGCCGUAACUCGAGGCGCGCUCACAGCCGUAGCCGAGACUGAAAGUCGGCACAACACUUGGGCUUUGAUAGAUAUCUGGAACGUCAAUCCGUUUGCUGGUCCAACUGAUACUUCCUUCCCAUACGCAAACCAGAUCUUGGAUUCUACAAACCAAUUCAUCAUCCCUGGCAGCUGCCCACAAGCCAACCCCGAGUACCCAUAUCCCCGGCAAAACCUCCCACAAUUCACGUACAACCCCAAGACAAAUUCCUCCCUCACAUCUGGCACGGAGAUCCAAUUUGUCUUCACCACUGCGCCUCCAGCGUGGAAGACAGGACAGGCCUACUAUGCUGUUUUCUACCACGAACUUCUCAACGUCUCAAUGCCGUUCAACACCACGACGAACACAACCAUGAUUCCAGACUUUGACCUGAACAAGGGUCUUAUUGUGGGUGUUAUUGCGGAUGCGCCAGGUGCUCCGGCUAUGGACACCGUCGUUGCCGGGCCAGUGUUGCUCGUUGAACAGCCAGCUGGGGCUAUCAAGCUUGCUUAA